ACAAUUACAAACAAUUACCAUAUUAUCAAUUUGUUAUAAAAGCCACACACAACACGAAAAAGUUGUUAGUUCAAUUACAAUCAUUCGAAAGUGUACAACAUGAAAUUCGCGACAACCUUCGCACUUUUGGCAGCGCUGCUAAUCGGAGCUAGCGAAGCAUUUGUGCUGCGAGAUGAACCAGUUGUGAUCAUUUCUCAUGAUGGUAAAAUCACUAAAAUCCCAGUUAAUCAGCUACCAGAAUGUUACCACAAAUUGCAAACGCAACUUGAGGAAUAUGUGACUAAAGAACAAGUUACAACUGAACAAAUGACCCAGUGUUUCGCUACGAUUGUGGAUAUAUCGGAAUGUUUUGAUAAAUAUAAUUCUAUUUUAAAUAAUAUUACGCAACGCAUCACCGUCGUAAGUCAGAAAAUUGAUGUUUGUUUGUUGGACGCAAUUCAACCUGCAGCUGUUGCCACUCCCUCUACCACACCACACUUCAGUGUUAAGACUACCAGAAGGCCUACAACGACUACACCACACUUCAGUGUUAAGACUACCAGAAGGCCUACAACGACUACACCACACUUCAGUGUUAAGACUACCAAAACGACUACGCCCCGUUCUUGAGAAACUCACUCUGCCGCACAACAUAUUGCUUUACUUCGUUCAACUACUAGUGUCUCUCCUAGUAAUUUGGACUAGAUCUAAUUAAGUUUCAAAUUUGUGUUUCUCAUAGUUUUGUUUAUUGUAUGCAACUUCUUUAAUUUGUAAUCCUACAGUGUUGAGAUAAAAAAACUGAACUAGGCAAUAGACACGCAUAUAUAGAAAUGAAGAAUCAUUGUCAUAGUUCAUUUACCAUUCAUA